AUGGAUGUAACUGCACCUCGAUCGGAACAGACGAAAUGCGACAACGAAGUGUGUGUGGAUAAUAAGAAGCUGUGUGAUGGAUUCAAUGACUGCGGAGACUACAGUGACGAGCGAGGCUGUCUGACAUGCAGCACUGACCAGUUCGUGUGCCAGAACAAUGGCAUGUGCAUUCACGAGCGGAGCGUGUGUAACGGCUACAACAACUGCGGCGACUACAGCGAUGAGCAGAACUGUACCUGCAGCACUUACGAUGUACCGUGCCUCACCUCCGGCAUGUGCAUCCACGAGUGGAACUUGUGUGACGGCAACAACGACUGUGGCGACUAUAGUGAUGAACUGAACUGUAGUUGCACGACAGACCAGUUCGUCUGCAAGGAUGGUGGCAUGUGUCUCAGUAGUUAUGCGCUAUGCAACCGCGUCUUCAACUGCCUUGAUGGCAGCGACGAGCUUUACUGCUCGGUACGGCCUCAGUUCGCUAAAAAAGCCGUCAGUGAUUGGCUGAAGUACGGCCCCAGUUCGCUAAAGAGCCGCUGGUCAACAGGUGAAUGCAGCUCGUCACAAUUCCGAUGCAAGGACGGCGCGGCCUGCAUCCCUGCUACCUACGUGUGUGACCUCAUGAACGAUUGUCAAGAUUUCAGUGACGAACAAAAUUCUGAGUUUGACCGCUUUUUUCUGGAUAGCUGCAGCGCUUCACAGUUCCAGUGCAGGGACGACCUCCACUGCAUCGACGUGGGGUGGCUCUGUGACGGCAUCAAAGACUGCCAAGACCUCAGCGAUGAAAUAAAUUUUGCAUAA